UUGUACCAUCCGUUUGGUAGUGCUAUAAACCCAAAAGGAGAGAAGAUUUCAUAGGACAGUUAAUUGUUGUUUCCGCCGGUAAAUCCCUUCCUUGUUUAUUUGUUGUCUUUCACGUUCGUUCCGCUCCUCGGGAAACUCGAUCACUACCACCUUCAUCACAAGCCUCAGAUUUCAGUUCAGCAACCACCCAACUGUUGUUUUUCGGUUACACUCUCAUCGUUCAUAAAAAAAAUCAUUCUUUUUGCCAGAUCUUGCUUAUUCAGCCUUUUCCAGCACUUGUUUUCUUAUAACAAGCAUCUUUGCUUCUUAUGCGGAGGAUGCAUGCCACUUGCUAAUUAGUGCAGAAUAGCUCCUCUGUAUAGUUUUAUGAGCAUACAAUCAGAAUAGUUUGGAUAUAAUGGGGAUCAGUGCUCGCAGUUCUACUAAUAGAAAACCAAGUGAAAGUAUGAGGCUUAUUGUGACAACUUUUGUUGGAACAGUUUUUGGCUUCCUUAUAGGAGUAUCAUUUCCCGGAUUGACCUCAAAGUUAAAUCUUCCAUCCAGCUUGCUUCCCUCCAUUGAUGUCUCUUACUUUGAAGACAAAUAUACAGGUGGCAAUGCACGGUCUUUUAUGAAGAAUAAUAACAGCAUCUCAUCACAAAAUCAGUUAUUGAAUAAUACGUCGAAGAUUUGGGUUCCAUCAAAUCCUAGAGGUGCAGAAAGAUUACCUCCUGCGAUCAUUGAAGCUGAGUCAGACUUUUAUUUGCGUAGACUGUGGGGUCUGCCCAGUGAGGAUUUAGCCUCAAAGCCAAAGUACCUUGUGACCUUUACUGUUGGUUAUGAUCAGAAAAACAAUGUUGAUGCUGCUGUGAAAAAGUUUUCAGGGAACUUCACAAUACUUUUAUUUCAUUAUGAUGGCCGAACAACGGAAUGGGAUGAGUUUGAGUGGUCAAAGCAGGCUAUUCAUGUGAGUGUUCGCAAACAGACCAAAUGGUGGUAUGCCAAGCGGUUUCUGCAUCCGGACAUUGUGGCACCAUAUGACUAUAUUUUUAUAUGGGAUGAAGACCUGGGUGUUGAGCAUUUUAAUGCAGAGGAAUACAUAAAACUGGUGAGGAAGUAUGGGUUGGAGAUUUCACAGCCUGGCUUGGAACCUAAUAAAGGGUUGACGUGGCAAAUGACAAAGAGAAGAGGUGAUAGUGAAGUUCACAAAGAAACAGAGGAGAAACCAGGAUGGUGCAGUGACCCUCAUCUGCCUCCUUGUGCAGCGUUUGUUGAGAUUAUGGCUCCAGUAUUUUCGCGAGAUGCAUGGCGUUGUGUGUGGUAUAUGAUUCAGAAUGACUUGGUCCAUGGGUGGGGUCUUGAUUUUGCUCUUAGAAGAUGUGCUGAGCCUGCCCAUGAGAAGAUUGGAGUUGUUGAUUCUCAAUGGAUUGUUCAUCAAAGUAUUCCCUCACUAGGGAAUCAGGGAGAAUCACAAUCUGGGAAAGCGCCAUGGCAGGGGGUGAGGGAGAGGUGUAGAAAGGAGUGGACAAUGUUCCAGAGUCGGUUGGCGAAUGCAGAAAACGCAUAUUUCAAGGCCGUUGGAAUUGAUAUGUUUAAUUCGACUACUACUUAGGGGACUUGUAGACAGCCAUUGCCGCCACCAUUGAGCUUCGAUUUUUUGCAUGAAAUAUAUAUAUUUUUUAUACUCCGUCCACAUAUAAUUGUUUUAUGUUUUUGACACUAGUUACUUUCCAUUCACAAUUUAGAGUCCUAGCUAAGGAGAGAACUACAAUUCAAAGUAGAAUUCCGGUGCUGAAAGUUAGAAAAUUAAAUGAACGUAAAUAUAGUUAUGGUACCACUCGCGUGUUUGAUUAUAAUGUUCGUUUAGGAACAUUUGCUUAUAGGGAAUAUGAAUGCAAUGUCUGGUGUACACAAAUUGGAUGAGACAUGUGGCU